GGGACUCAACGACAGCGAGUUUAUCUAGUCGUGCAGGCACCCGCACGAGCAGUCUACGCAAGAGAAUACAUGGCAGUGUUUAGUGAUGUACUAAACGGUCUAGACAGCAAGACCAUGAAUCAUUUCUUCCACGCUGUGUUUAGGAAAGACGGGCCUCUUAGCCAGUCCCAGACGACUGUUCUGCUUGCGACCCACUCAGGCAGGUAUGCUGGAACCAUAUAA